UCCCCAUUUUCUUCCUCUUUCUCUCUCUCUCUCUCCUCUUCUUCUUCAGCAGCCUCUCUCUCCAACCUGGUCUCACUCUCUCACAUCCAACCAGGGCCGCCGUUGCCGUCUAUAUCGCCGGAGAGAGAGAGAGAGAUUAACUAAAAAACCAAAAAAGAAGGGCGGCGGAGCGGAGAGACUUCAACUCUUGAGGAGAUCAUGGCGGCCCAGCCUUCCAACGGUGCUGAUCUCAAUCCCCAGCCACCACACCCCCACCACCAAUGGUUCCAACAACAGCAGUAUCAGCAGCAAUGGAUGGCGAUGCAGUACCCCGCCGCCGCCAUGGCCAUGAUGCAACAACAGCAGAUGAUGAUGUAUCCUCCUCAGCAUUACAUGGCUUAUUCUCACCAUCCUUAUCAACAGCAGCAGCAGCAGCCGCAGCAACAGCAACAGCAAGCUCAGCCGCAGCGCCCUCGUAGACUGCAGGGGUCAACGGACGAGGUUAAGACGCUUUGGAUUGGCGACCUUCAGCCGUGGAUGGAUGAGACCUACCUCCAUAGCUGUUUCGUUCACACUGGCGAGGUUUUCUCUGUUAAGGUUAUAUGCAAUAAGCAAACUGGUCAAUCUGAGGGCUAUGGAUUUGUUGAAUUCUAUUCACAUGCUACAGCUGAUAAAGUCUUGCAGAAUUAUAAUGGUGCUAUCAUGCCAAACACAGAGCUGCCUUUCCGUCUCAAUUGGGCAACCUUUAGUGCAACUGAUAGGCGACCGGACACUGGCUCUGACCUAUCUAUAUUUGUUGGUGACUUGGCUGCUGAUGUAACUGAUGCUAUGUUGCAAGAAACUUUUUCUAGUAGAUUCACGUCUGUUAAAGGGGCAAAGGUGGUUAUCGAUUCAAAUUCUGGCCGUUCCAAAGGUUAUGGAUUUGUCAGGUUUGGUGAUGAAAAUGAAAGGACAAGGGCUAUGACUGAAAUGAAUGGAGUUUAUUGUUCAAGUAGACCCAUGCGCAUUGGUGUUGCAACACCAAAGAAAGCAUCUGGAUAUCAACAAGGUUAUUCUUCACAAGCUUUGGUAUUGGCUGGUGGGCAUGCAAAUGGCAUGGCUGUUCAGGGUUCACAACCAGAUGGCGAGUCAAACAAUACGACUAUAUUUGUUGGCGGCCUUGAUUCUGACGUUAGUGAUGAAGAUCUCAGGCAACCUUUCUCUAAAUUUGGUGAGAUUGUCUCCGUCAAAAUUCCCAUUGGAAAAGGAUGUGGAUUUGUGCAAUUUGCCAACAGAAAGAAUGCUGAGGAUGCAAUACAGGGAUUGAAUGGAACUGUAAUCGGCAAGCAAACAAUUCGUCUUUCUUGGGGUCGAAGUACAGGGAACAAGCAGUGGAGAGGUGAUUCUAACAACCAAUGGAAUGGGGGGCGCUAUGGAGGGCAAGGUUAUGGUGGGUAUAGUGGAUACUACUCUGUACCACAGCAUCAGGACACAAACAUGAAUGCCACAGCUGCUGCAGAAGUCAAUGGUUCAUCUUGAGAAAAUUAAGGGUAUGGCCAUUUCCUUACCACCAACCUAUCAAACUGAAAUCUGAGCCUUCAGAACACAAAUCUCUUAGCCAUCAAUAUAUUGACUUUGUAACAGAACUUAUUUAAGUUGUGCUUAGCUGAAUCUUUAUUUGCUGAAUCAUAUGGCUUGAUAACAUUAUUAUUUUUCUCUGUUGGAGUCAUGCUUGAGAUUAGACUGCUGUAGCUAGAUCAUCUGAACAAUUUUGGGGUCUGUGUGGGUGGAUUUUUCUUGGUUGAGGGGGUACUUCUUUUUUUUUU